CAUCUUUUUAACUUCUCCUUGCCUUCUGCUGCUGGAAUAGGAACCUUUUCCUCAUUCCUCCCAUCUUCUUCCUUUCCAGGCAUUCGGAAGUAUCCAGAGAGUCGGAGGAGCGUGAACCCUACCUCUCCUCAGCUGAUCCGCACCCUGUGGACCAACGGCUCAGCCAGGGACUUCUUUUCCAGGAGACCUUCUCACCUCCGUCGUAAUGCCCACAAAAAGAGGCUAAGAGCAAAGUUGGGUCCCUGUUACUAUUCGCCUGUCCAGCUUGGAGGUCCCGAGGACGGCCUUUACCAGGCACGCAACCCCUCGUCCUGGCCUGCAUUCCCUGACCCCACUGGCUUGGAGAGGAGGCCCAUAAGUACCUCUGAAGGCCCUCAAUCCCUUCUAGGUUAUUACCCUCCUGGCCCAGAACAUGGGGGCUACGGCUGGUGGCCCGUAGGUCCUACUGAACAAGAGCGUGGCCCUCAACCCGGCCCAAAUUUUAAUUCUCACGCCCCGCAUCACACGGGCUGGGAGAGUUGGCCCAUAUCUUCUUCACUGGAAGGAGGACGGUGCCUUCCACGCUACUACGACGGUCGUUCUCACGACCCAUUUCGCGCUGCCUAUGAUGCUACACUCAUAAACGGACAAGAAUAUCCCCCUCAACCCAACGCAGGUUAUUCUUCGGUCCCAGAUAGCAGAGCCCUACAUCGUGUAGAGCAAGGGGUCCAAUGCUAUUCAGAUCCUGACGUUUCUCCCUUCCAAGAUGACUGGCUCACCAGCUUUGCUCCCCAGGGGUCCAGAGCCCACCCCAACGGUCCCCCUUCUUUCCCACAAGAUGUGGGUGAGGCCAGCGGACCCCUGAGUCCUGUGGAACAGGAGCAGGGUCUCCAGCCCCAUCAUUAUUCCCAGGCUGCCCAGGGACCUGAUGAUGACAGCUGGGUCAUGGGUUUGCCCGAGCGAGCCCGCUGGCUCCCGUUUCACCCUAGGAGGGACCUGCCUGCCCAUCACAAUGUUAGGAGUGGCCCUUGGUCCACAGGUGGAGGUGAAGGAGACCCGGGCUUUCCAUCCCACGCAGAAGACGUUUCAUGACCCAAGGUGGUAACAUCAUCCAUGCUAGAAGGGAGUGGGGUUUGCAGGGAGGAGGAGGAGGACUAUGGGCACCUCGGUGCUCUCUGCACCUGGUUGUUUUCUUGCAGACGUCUCAUUACCAAACUGAGUAACACCCUCAGGGCUUUAGUACCUUCCACUCUGCACUUCUUCCUAAUCUCCCUUCUUUGCUUUCUAACAGAAAUUCAUCCCCGUGGCUUCUCUGGGCCGGAAUGCUUUACUCACGAGGAAGACUGGGCUCCUUACAGCUUGCCAUGCAGAAUAGCCCGAGGCACCUGGAUCGGGUCCCAGAAGAUGCAUUCAAAGCACCCUUGAUGUACCAACCGUUGGCGCCAAGCCUGUGCCCCUUAUGCUGCCAGCCGGAAGAGUUCCAGGGACUUUUAUUAAAAUCUAAUGCCCAUCUCAUCCCCAGGGCCAUUCCGUUCGGUGGUUUUAUUGGUCACCAAAGACAAAUGUGGCAGGACCGAUUUUUUUUUUUCCUCCUGGGCUGCGGUUCCAUCUUUGCCCACUCUGGACAAUGUCUGGGCAUCUCAGUUAUGGAGCAAUUGGGAAUGACUCAUUUGCGAAUUCGGGACCCGCAAUUCGGGAUUUCAGAUGUUGAUGCAAUGUUGGAAAGAAACAAAAUCUGUGGUCAUGCCCCUGUUGGAAUCUGAUUUGGAGGGGGAGGCCGAGCAGCCGACAGGGAGCAGGAGUAUGACUCCAUU